AAAAUAAAAAAUAAAAUAAAAUCUGUUCGAUUUGAAUGAUGUUUAUCACUGAUUCCAUAGUCCAAUUGAUUUGUCUGUUUGCUUUAUCAAUAAAUGGAUAUGAAGCAAGAUAUUCUCGACGACCUUUUUACAACUUAGCUCACAUGUGUAAUUCUAUCAAGAAAACGAUUGAUUUUAUUGAACGCGGAGCAAAUGGCGUAGAGGUGGAUGUUACAUUCGAACCGGAUGAUAUUUAUCUACAUCAUGGCUAUCCAUGUGAUUGUUUUCGUUAUUGUUGGGAUCGUGAAUUACUUUCUAAUUAUCUUAGAUUCGUACGACAAGCAACAACACCGGGUAAUCCAAGAUAUUAUCCACAAUGGACUAUACUGUAUUUUGAUAUUAAAUUAAAAUCAUUUUCGGAAGAAGAAAAACGUGAAAACGGUAUACGAUUUGCCAAUCAUUUAGCAUCGUUUUUCUUUGAUAAAACUCCAAUCAAAUCGACCAUUCGAUUCAUUGUUGCCAUUUCAUACGCUAGUGAUGAGGAUUUUCUCUUUGGUUUUAUCGAUAAGUUUAAAGAAUUGGGACUAUAUGAUUCGUAUAAAAAUUUUUUAGGAUUCGACAUCGGUAUCGAAAAAGAUGUCAAUCGUGUACGGACCAUUUGGAAUCGAUUAGACAUUACGAACGUUUGGCAAGGAGAAGGCAUUACUAACUGUUUAAAUCCAAUUGUUCCUAAUCACUUAGAAAAAUUGGUUCAAAUUCGUGAUGGCCGAAUGUCUUAUUUUUCCAAAGUUUAUCGAUGGACUAUCGAUUUAACCGAUUCACUUAGAUCGGUUAUGCAACAUCAAAUUGAUGGUGUAAUGACAAAUCAUCCCGAACGUGUCAUUAAUAUUCUCACAAAAGAUCCAGAAUUCUCUCGAAUAUAUAGAUUGGCAACAACUAAAGAUGAUCCGUUUCAAAGAAUACGCGCAAAUCGACGGACUCGAAUUCACAAUAAUGUUAAUGGAAAAUUUAAACGCGCAAUACAGGAAAUCUCCGAUUCAUUUGUUUAUUUUAUUCGGGAAAUUUUCAAGUCAAUUUUCUAGGAUUACAAAAAAUUUUAUUAUCCUUUUUUUGCUAAUAUGUAAAAUUUUGUUUUGUUGAAAA